UUACGGGUAAGACUUCGUAGUACACGUCACUAGCUAAGUUGCGUAUCCCAAAUACAAUACUUUAUUCACUUGUUUCACUUUCUUCUUAUUUUAGAGUCAAUAUAGAUACUGGAAAACUUUUCUUAUUCUACGUCUUCAGCGUGAUGAAGGAUUGUAGUUUGGAGGGGCCAGAUCACGUGGUCAAAUUACUGGCAUCCGAUCCGACGCUGCCGCUCAGUUUUCAGUCAGAUCCUCUCAAGCAAACGUUAUCGGGCGUUUGCUACCGAUAUAACACUACCCAACCCUCAGUCAUGCUACUCAACGACUAUAAAGUGAUAGAAGAGCGCGGGUAUGAGUAAAAGAUUCAAAAUAGCCCUUAUCAGGGCGACACGGUGUUUUUCGUCUCUAUCUUCUCAAACACCCGCAGUACCUAAAAUGCCUCCAGCACCCAUUCUCAAGCUCAAAAGCUGCCUGGUGCGGGCUUACGAUGAAGGAGACGUGAAGUCCCUCGCCAGAGCAGCAAACAAUCCCAAGAUAUCGCGAUGGAUGCGUAACACAUUCCCACAACCAUACACGACCGAUGAUGCCAAGAAGUGGAUCUCUAUCGCCAACUCUGCAUCUCCGAUCCGUGACUUCGCCAUCUGCCAGCUGGACAGUUCAGUGGUUAUCGGCGGUAUUGGUCUCAAAGCACGAGACGACAUCCACUACCGAACGAUGGAGAUCGGCUACUGGCUGAGUGAAGAUCGCUGGCAUCAAGGUAUAGCCACAGAAGUCGUCAUUGCCUUCUCCAACUGGGCUUUCGAAAACUUCAAGCAGCUAUUAAGACUAGAGGCCGAAGUCUUGGAGGGGAACGUAGGAAGCUGCCGGGUUCUAGAGAAAGCGGGCUUCGUGUUUGAAGCAAGGCAGAAAAACGCGGUUGAGAAAAUGGGCGCAGUCAUGGAUACCUUUAUAUAUUACAAGUUAAGAUAGAAACCUUAGACUUAAUUCUUCUUGGUGAAAUAAUAGACUUUCUUUUCUUCUUCUCUUUAGAAUUCGUUUUCUUUUUUCCAUUCCUCUUAUUUUCUCUCUUUCUCCUAG